UGCACAAUUAAUCGAAUUUUAAUCACGAUCACGAUUUUGGCUUCCCACGAUCAAAUUCGCGUGAUCCAGCGAUAUUUAAAAUGCGUCAUUCAUUCACGCUUUGUAUUAAAGGUUUUUUUUUUUUUUAAAGCCAGUCUAGCGCGCUGUAAAGCCGCUGUCUGAUCACGUGCGUCCAUGCACCAAUCAGAGUUGUUCCCUGCACCGCGCAGCAGCUCAGUCAGUUUCCAGAUGUAGACAGUCACAGACAGAAGACAGAGUAGCGUGAGGAAAAUACCACAACAGAUAGCAGGCUAUAAUCUAUCUUAACAAAGAAAAAAUGUCUAACGUAGCAGAGGGAGCGGCAGAGGGGCUUGUCCUGAGAAUCGGAUCGUCAUCCAUUGUGUGGAAACAUUUUGGGUUUCAGGCAAGUGACACAAAACAAGAACAGGUCAUAUGCAAAGAGUGCCAUAAAGUUGUUUUGGCACCACAAAGCAACACAACGAACCUCUUUAACCACUUAAAAAAACACCAUAAAGUUCAAUACGAUGAAUGUAUGAGGGCCAAGAAAUGCGUUGCAAAGACUAAUCAUCCCACAACAUCAACUCAGACAUCCAUCGAAGCGAGCCUCUUUAGCGCAUCACCAUACCCAUCCACCUCCCAAAGACACAGUGAAAUAACGAAUGCAGUCGCAUUUUAUUUGGCUAAAGACAUGUGCUCAAUAAACACGGUGACAAACGAAGGCUUCAAAUUCUUGGUCAACACUCUGGAUAAACGAUACGUGAUCCCCUCGCGUAAUUAUUUUUCAAAGGUGGCACUACCUGCGAUGUACAGAAAACGCAGAGGGGAAAUAGAGCGUGAUCUUGCCAAUAUAAAGUACUUUGCAACUACAACGGAUCUGUGGUCAAGCAGGACAAUGGAUCCGUACAUGAGUUUGACAAUUCAUUACAUCGAUGAGGAUUUUGCAAUGCAGAGUCGAUGCUUGCAAACAUCUUUUUUCCUGCAAGAUCACACGGGAGAGUCAAUUGCCCAGGGCCUGAGGGAGGCGAUGGCCUCUUGGAGCUUGCAGGAGGAUCGGCUUGUCUGCAUUACAACAGACAACGGAGCUAAUGUGGUGAAGGCAGCUUCUCUAAAUAAUUGGACUAGGCUUCAGUGCUUUGGCCACAAACUCCAUCUAGCAAUAGAGAAUGCAAUGAGAGAUCCUCGGAUUGAUCGAGCAGUGGGUCUCUGCAAAAAGCUGGUAAGCAGUUUCUCUUACAGCUGGCGACGUAAAAAGCAGCUGACGGAGGCACAAAGAGAACUGAAGCUUCCAGAGCAUACACUGAAGACUGAGUGUCCCACAAGGUGGGAAUCAAGGCAAGCAAUGAUUGCACGAGUCCUGGAGCAGCAGAGGGCGAUUUCUCAGGUCUUGUCCGAUGACAGAAAAGCCAGACACCUCAUCCCUACCUGGCAGGACACAAAUGUCCUUGAGGCCAUAAACAAAUCCCUCAGCCCUCUAUUGGAAUUUACUGAUGCGCUUUCCAGUGAGAAGUAUGUCAGCGUUUCCUUUGUGAAGCCAGUCCUCCACCUUUUCAGAUCCUCCAUCUUGAAAGUGAACGAUGAUGAGACAGACCUAACCUGCACCAUCAAGACAAAAAUCCUGAGCUAUCUGGAUGAAAAAUACAAUGACCCUCUGACACAAGAACUGCUUGAUAUGGCUUCUGCGCUUGAUCCACGGUUCAAGCUCAGCUACGUCAGUGAGGACAAUGUUGCACCAAUUCAUGCCAGACUGACUGCUGAAAUGGCGAGGACUGCACCUGCAGCCAUGGCUGAGAUGGGCCCAACAACUGAUCCCCAUGGUGAGACUGCUGAGGAUGCACCCACUACAAAAAAGAAAAAGACCUUGGGGAGUUUCUUCAAGACUGCUGAGGGAGCAGCGGCAGCCACACAAAGACUCAGUCCUCUCCAAGAACAACAAGCUAUAUCUUCUGAGCUACAGUCGUACCUACAAUCAGGUAACCUAGACAGUGAGGAGGACCCGCUAGACUGGUGGAGGGAACAUCAGAGACUCUUCCCACGUCUCUCAAAACUGGCAAAGAAAUACUUGUGCAUCCCGGCUAAAAGUUCUCCCUCUGAGAGGGUGUUCAGCACAGGGGAAUGUGGUGACCUGCCUUCGCUCAUCCCUCAAGCCAGAAAAUGUUGA